AUGAAUGAGACACCAAAUGUUUCUCUGCAAGCGGCGUUUGACCUUUUUAAUGACGACAGCAGUGAUGAAGAGACACCAAUUACGCCGCUUAGAAAACCUUAUGACGUGGUGAGUAUUAUUAGUACCGCUACUACUGCUACUACCACAUCGUUAACCGUUGAAAGAGAGAGACAGGAAGGUGGAGGUCAAGUUUCGUGCAGUUUGUAUGAUCCUUGGGACGAUGUCAAGCCGCUUGCAGUGGGACCCAUUACACUAAUCAACAACUUUAAUGGUAUCGAAGGUUCACGUGGCUAUGUGGCUUCUACUGAUAUGAAACCGGGUACGCAGGUGUUGGUCGAGCAGGUAUAUGUGCCGUGGCCACAUGACGUGGACACGUCAGACCCUGAGUUUUUCCUGGCCGCCAUGGAAUCGAUAUUAUCGAGGCCCGAUUACGCUGAUGUCAUGACUCAUUUGAGUCAUUUGUUCCCUGUGGAAAUUAGUCAACUACCGGAAGAUGUACUUGCUGCUGGAAGACAAAAGUACGACCUGCAAGUGGACGAGUUGUGUAGGAACUUUAGCGUGUUGGCACUCUCGCACGAUCAAGUGCUGCAAAAUAUGUUUGCAAUGCAGUGUAAUGCAUUUGAUAGUGGUAUUUUCCUGUACAAUGCCAUGUUCAAUCACGACUGCAAUCCGAAUUGUGUCAAGUUUACGCCUGAAAAUGCUGGACCGGAAGGUGGAGUGUCCGAAGUGCGGGUGGCACGACCUAUUGCCAAGGGAGAGCAGCUUACAAUUUCGUACUUGUACCCGCGCGAACAAAGCCGUGAAAAUCGACUUCGGAAUCUGUGGGACCAAUUUGGUUUUCAGUGCAAAUGUCAGCUUUGUAAGCGAGGUGAUAGCGUAAUGGCUCCACCACUGAGUGCUACAGACCAGAAUGAUGGCAUGAAGCCGGGUUUGCAAGACUUAGAGAAGGUGCUGCUUGGUGCAGAAGAGACUAUCAAAACGAGCCCGAAAAGUGCUGCUGCGGUGUUGUCGGUGGCGUUAGAGACACUUUCUGACGCAUUGGAAAUUGCAGCGCACGAUCAUUUGGCAUUUAUACGCAUCCACAAGUUGGUCGCGGACUCGUGCGACCUGCUUUUGCGUGCAAAGACUGAGCGAGUGUGUGAAUACUCAGUCCUGUUUCUGCGUAGCAGUUAUGAACUGCUCGAGCUACAGCGGACAUAUUUGAACCCGGACCAUAUCGAUCUCGCCCGUACGCUGAACGAUGUUAGUCAAGGCAUCCAGCUACUUUUAUCAUACGACCCCAAGGUGCUACUCACAGAGUUUCCUGAAUGGAAAGACUUCCGCCAAGCUUCAGUGGUCGAAAACCAGUAUCGCCAGGAGUACAGACGGAUAAAGCGGAUGUACGAUUAG